AUGAUUGUCGAGCCCGACCACGUGAGGGAGAGUCCGAGGUGUUUGUCGCGCGAGUCGUCGGGUGCGCCGAGAUGUCCCUCCAACGACUCGGUGUACUCGGGCCGGAGUGCGCCCAGCCUCCCCCUCCCCGCCGCCCUCUCCGCCGCGCUACCCGCAGCCCUGCCGGCCGCCUUACUGCCUCCGCACUCCGCCGCCGUAGCAGCGUAUCUAGGCGCAGCAGCGGCCGCUGCGCAGCAACGCCUUCUCAUGUCCUGCCAAGAGGACCUUACAGACGCCGAUCGCUCUGACGCCGUGCUGGACUUCAGUACCAAGCGCAGUGAGUCACCGCAAGACGACGAAGACAUGGAGUCCGAUGAUGCAGUCAAUCUUAGUAAAAACGAGAACGGCCCUCUGGAUUUAUCUGUCGGCACUAGAAAGAGAGGCCCAGAGGACUCGCCAUCUCCCGUGCCGUCUAGGAAGAGCUCUAGAUCUGCAGAUUUUAAACCUAUCACUACACCGUGGACGACACCGGUCGCUCCACAUUUGCCAUAUUUCGCUGCCGCAGUGGCAGCCGCUAGCUUAUCACCUAAGGGUGGCUUACCAAGCGACUGGAAUGGAAAACUAAAGCACGGUGCGCCUACGCCGAGCGAUGCGACCAAAGCUCUCGAGAAGAUGAGCGAACUGAGUAGGUUAGGCGGUGAGGAAUUGUUUAGGUCCGUUCAAAGCGCAGCUUUAGGCGCCGGGCUUACACCGAACGCUGCAGCUAGGCAUUCAGCUUGGCAGUCACAUUGGUUAAACAAAGGAGCCGAUCAAACCAAGGACGUCUUGAAAUGCGUUUGGUGCAAGAAGAGCUUCAACUCUCUAGCUGAUUUGACUGUUCAUAUGAAAGAAGCUAAACACUGCGGCGUAAAUGUACCAGUGCCGCCCACGUCUGGGGCACCGAUCCCACCAUCUCUGCAACCACCUUCGAGUUCGCCUUCAACCCCAUCACACAACUCUUUGUCUUCGAGCGCUUCUUCUAAGGCUAACCACAACGAUCUGAAUAUGCUUAUCAAAGAAAAUAUGCCCAUUCCUAGAAAACUAGUCCGCGGCCAAGAUGUAUGGUUAGGAAAGGGAGCCGAACAGACUAGGCAAAUACUUAAAUGUAUGUGGUGCGCUGAAAGUUUUCGCUCGCUAGCCGAAAUGACGAGUCACAUGCAACGCACUCAACACUACACAAACAUAAUAUCGCAAGAACAAAUUAUAUCUUGGAAGUCUUCAGACGAAGCUAAAGGUUCCAAUUCUAGUACGUCUGGUACUAAUAACGCGGUACCUCCCCCUACGGGAACAAGUAGUCAUGUCAGCGCAGUUUUAACUUGUAAGGUUUGCGACCAAGCGUUUAGUUCUUUAAAAGAGUUGAGUAAUCAUAUGGUUAAAAAUUCUCAUUACAAAGAACAUAUUAUGAGAUCGAUCACCGAGAGCGGAGGUAGGCGGCGUCAAACUCGCGAAAAGCGGAAAAAGUCUUUGCCAGUUAGGAAAUUGCUCGAGCUCGAGAGGGCACAACACGAAUUUAAGAACGGCGAAGGCAAUGGCGUCCCGAUGGGAAAGCCCCUACGCGACUUCGGUGCCGGUAGCCGAAUUACUUGUGAAAAAUGCGGUGAUAAAAUAGAGACUGCACUAUUUGUAGAACAUAUAAGACAAUGCAUAGGCGCGCCCAUGUCAAAUAGCCAAAGGAAUUUUUUGAAAAGCGCGCUUCUGUCCAAUAACAUCAUUCCCCCUGAUGUUCCCGGUCAUAUCACUCCCACCGGUCGCGACGGCAGAAAGAGCAUAAAUGAUGAAAUCCCAUCGCCGGGUUCUGGGCACCACCGGUCUCCUUCGUCUAUCACUGACUCUUCUCCCAGUUCCAAAGACCCUAAUGCUGGCAAUGAGAAAAGCUCGUCUCCAUCUGUUCUUAAUGCAAUAGAACAAUUGAUUGAAAAGAGCUUUGAUACACGUUCACGGCACUCGGUGCCCGGUAUCCCCGGGGGUGCCAGCCACGCACCUAUAGGUUCAAGCAUCUUGAAACGUUUGGGCAUUGACGAAAGCGUAGAUUAUACCAAGCCAUUGGUCGAUCCUCAAACAAUGAACAUGCUUAGAAAUUAUCACCAUCAACAAGGGUACGGGCGCCGCGAACGUAGCGGCAGCGAAUCUAGCUCAAUGUCCGAACGUGGCGGUAGUAGGGUGGAAUCUCUCACUCCGGACAGGAAGCUAGACUCAUAUCACAUGACUCCUCGUACGACUCCCGACACGCGAGGCUCUCAGACCCCCGCCUCUGAGGAUAGGCAGCCCGAGGUUAGGAUUAAGAAAGAGGUCACCGACGAGGACGACUGUGAGAACGGAGUCGAUUUGAGCAACCAGCCCGUCAAAGUUAAAACAGAAGUCGAGGACGACGACGACCAAGCUCGGCCAAACAGUUCGGUAGAGGAGGAUGUCAAACCUCCUGUUACUAAACGCGAGAGUGAGGGUCCGAGUCCAGUACCCAGCCCUUCUAGUGAUCGCUCCGCCCCGACCCCGGGCUCCGACAGAAAGCCAGCUUCGAGCCUCGGUGCUUUAUCAUCUAUGUUCGACAACCUCGCCGGGGGCGCUUCUUCUAAUGAGCCCUCUUCUUCCCGCCGAAGCGGUAGUCAUCCGUUGGCAGCUUUGCAAAAGCUCUGUGACAAAACCGAGACCAAUUCCACUCGAGCGCCACCCCCGGCUCCUUCCCCCGCUGGGCCUCCGAGCAUACUGACUUUUAGUUGGGCGUGUAACGACGCCGUUGUGACCGACUCCAUCAUGAAGUGCGCCUUGUGCGACACCCCGUUCAUAUCCAAAGGUGCUUACCGACACCACCUCUCGAAGAUGCACUUUGUCAAGGACGGUGCGCUGCCAGAACCGGUUCCGAUGAAGGCGCCUCCCCCAGCCGCAUCCCCGGGUACCCAUAAGAGCGGGGGCUCUAACGCGGCCUCGCCCCAGGACCCGCGGAGUCCCUCCCAGUCCUUCGACGAGAGCCCCCACUCGAAGUUUCUUAAGUAUACAGAAUUAGCGAAACAAUUAUCUAGCAAGUACGUAUAA